GAGGCGAGCGCGGGUUGGGGCUUGCAGCUCGCAUCCUGGAGGCCAGCGGAGGCCAGACCCAUACAAGGGAACACGAUAACAUACAACAAUGGGCACAUCGGGAAUCAUCUCCCGAUAGAGCAUCCAUUUGCUGAAAGUAUACCAGUGUCCAUUGCAGGACCUGAUACUUCGGCUUUGCCAACGGAUGCUCAAGCCGCGAAUAGCUAUGAGGUAAGCUUGAGAGGGGGGGAAACCCGAGUGCGGAGGAAAAAGCUCCACGGUAAGGGACCGCAUAUCUGCAAGUUAGAUGGCAAGGUCUUCCGCCACCACGGAGAUCUGGUACGCCACCGGAAGACGAAACCCGGCCAUGCAGAAUACCAGGGUCCUGUCGUCUGCAUCUGUCUGCAGGAGUUUAGUCGUCGAGAUGGUCUAUACACGCACUUGAAGACGAAGAGAUGCCGCAGCCUCUUUCCUUCAAGAUAA